AUGCUUCCUAGAAAGAGACCACUGGAAGGCGAGGCUGUUAAAGAAAGUGAAUCGGAAAGCGUUCUGAAGAAGAGUCGUUUCUGUUUCUUUGCCGAUAGUAAGAGCGUUUGUGAAGGAAGUGGCAGUGGGAGUCAAGAGACCAACAUUGACGGAACCAGUAGUGUUAGUUUAGAGAACAGAAACAGUAACAACAGCUGCAGCCGGGAGGAGCCUUCAAUUACGGAAAUGGCCUUUGACGUUGGAAAAUCGCACGAUAUUGAUGAAGAUCUCCAUAGCAGGCAGCUUGCUGUGUAUGGACGAGAGACGAUGCGGCGGCUUUUUGCGUCAAACGUUCUGGUAUCUGGAAUGCAAGGCCUCGGUGCUGAGAUCGCUAAGAACCUUAUUCUUGCCGGUGUGAAGUCUGUCACGUUGCAUGAUGAAGGAAAAGUGGAGUUAUGGGAUUUGUCUAGUAACUUUAUUUUCUCUGAGAAUGACGUUGGUAAGAACAGGGCACUUGCAUCUAUUCAGAAACUACAAGAGCUCAACAAUGCUGUGGUUAUCUCGACCCUGACUAUGAAAUUGACGAAAGAACAACUUUCUGAAUUCCAGGCUGUGGUUUUUACUGACAUAAGCUUAGAGAAUGCAAUCGAGUUCAAUGAAUACUGUCACAAUCAUCAACCUCCUAUUGCUUUCAUCAAGACUGAAGUUAGAGGCCUUUUUGGCAUUAUUGCAUCUAUCAGUAAUGAUAACCCUGCUCUUGUGUCGUGUGUGGACGAUGAAAGGCUAGAAUUUCAGGAUGGGGAUCUUGUUGUGUUCUCAGAAGUACAGGGAAUGACAGAACUCAAUGAUGGGAAGCCGAGAAAGAUAAAAACUGCACGACCAUACUCUUUCAUCCUUGAUGAAGAUACCACAAGUUUCGGUGGAUAUGAGAAAGGUGGUAUCGUAGCUCAGGUAAAACAGCCCAAGGUUUUGAACUUCAAGCCGCUGAGGGAAGCAAUUAAAGAUCCUGGAGAUUUUCUUCUUUGUGAUUUCUCUAAGUUUGACCACCCACCUCUCUUGCAUUUGGCAUUCCAAUCGCUGGAUAAGUUUGUCUCUGAAUUGGGGCGCUUCCCAGUGGCUGGUUCUGAAGAGGAUGCUCAGAGGCUUUAUGUUGAUCAAAGAUGCCUGUAUUUCCAGAAGCCACUUCUUGAAUCUGGAACAUUAGGUGCCAAAUGUAACACUCAAAUGGUCAUUCCGCAUCUGACUGAGAAUUAUGGCGCCUCAAGAGAUCCUCCUGAGAAACAAGCACCAAUGUGUACUGUGCACUCCUUCCCACACAACAUUGAUCAUUGCUUGACAUGGGCCAGAUCAGAAUUUGAGGGCUUGCUUGAGAAAACACCUGCUGAAGUAAAUGCCUAUCUUUCUAACCCAGCCGAAUAUACAUCUGCAAUGAGAAAUGCUGGUGAUGCUCAAGCCAGAGACAAUUUGGAACAUAUACUCGAGUGCCUUGACAGGGAAAGAUGUGAAUCGUUCCAGGAUUGUAUUACAUGGGCUCGUUUAAAGUUCGAAGAUUAUUUUGCUAACAGGGUGAAACAGUUGACUUAUACUUUCCCUGAAGAUGCUGUGACUAGUACUGGCGUACCAUUCUGGUCAGCCCCCAAGCGGUUCCCUCGCCCCCUGCAGUUUUCUACUGAUGAUCCCAGCCAUCUCCAUUUCCUUAUGGCUGCAUCCAUUCUACGCGCUCAGACAUUUGGCAUUCCUGUUCCUAAUUGGCACCCUAAGAAAUUGGCUGAAACUCUUGAUAGAAUCAUGGUUCCUGAAUUUCAACCAAAGAAAGAUGCGAAAAUUGUUACUGAUGAGAAGGCUACCAGUCUUGCUGCUGCUUCUUUGGAUGAUGCUGUGGUUAUUAAUGAGUUAAUAAUGAAGCUGGAGCAGAUUCGGCAGAAGUUAUUGCCAAACUUCAGGAUGAAACCAAUUCAAUUUGAAAAAGAUGAUGAUACAAAUUACCACAUGGACCUGAUUGCUGGACUUGCUAACAUGAGGGCAAGAAAUUAUGGCAUUCUUGAAGUUGAUAAGUUAAAAGCCAAAUUCAUUGCUGGACGUAUUAUACCCGCAAUUGCAACUUCCACAGCGAUGGCUACAGGUUUGGUUUGCCUGGAGCUCUACAAGGUUAUUAAUGGAGGGCACAAGUUAGAAGACUAUCGUAACACAUUUGCUAAUUUAGCUCUACCAUUAUUCUCCAUGGCCGAACCAGUUCCUCCUAAGAUCAUCAAGUAUAAGGACAUGAGCUGGACUGUGUGGGACAGAUGGAUAAUCAAAGGUAACCCUACACUUCGGGAACUACUCAAAUGGCUCGAGGACAAGGGGCUAAAUGCCUAUAGUAUUUCAUUUGGAAGUUGCUUGCUCUACAAUAGCAUGUUCCCAAGGCACAAAGAGCGAAUGGACAAGAAGAUAGUUGACGUUGCACGGGAAGUGGCAAAGGCUGAGCUGCCACCAUACCGCCACCACUUGGAUAUAGUAGUAGCAUGCGAGGACGAUGAAGAUAAUGAUAUCGACAUCCCUCAGAUAUCAUGUUUGUUGCUGGGUGGAGCAUUUGUGUCGAACACUCUAUGCUGGUUUUCACAGGUCGGUUGGGUGCUAUCAGAGACUCACUGCCGCUGCUGGCAUGCUGAACUUAUGUUAGAUUGA